UUUUCUUUUAUAGAAAAUUAUGCUUGAUAGCAAGACUUUCUAUUUUAGUCUAAUAUUUCAUGAAAUGCUAUCUCAUGGCAUGCUCCAUGAGGUUUAGUUUCAAAAUUCGGGUUUGAGUAUAAAGCCUCAGUUCAUGGCAUUUGGGAAAGGUGAAAGAGCUCUCCAAGGUGUCGACCGAGGUGAUGCCUUCGUAGAGGAUGGUUUGAUGCUAGAAAGGUAUCGGGUCGUGCUUACGUUAGUACUUACUUAGGUUUGAUUCUCUUUCGAUUAUCAUUUUUCUUGCUUUAUUCGUUAUGUUUAUUUAAUUCGUUAUGUUUUCUUGUUUAAUUAGUUCUGUUUAGUAGUGUAUUAUUUUCUUAAUGCUUUAUUAGUUAGUUUAGCUUAGUAGCGUAUUCCCAUUCUUCUGCAAGUUUUUAUAAAACAGCUGUCGUGGAUUCAAUGUCAUCGGAAAUCACCGAAGAAACCACCACUGGCUACGUUGUUCAACCCUUGCUUGUUCUAUCUCAAUCGGAAUCCAAAAUCAGCGGAUUCCAAACCUCGAUCCGCUAGCCUACACUAUUCCGAUAACGGGAAUCAAAGUGGGCGGCAUGCAUAUGAAAUCAAACUAUACUCAACUCAGAAAUCCUAACUGCUUUCCAAUUUCUUAUUACAAACUACAAAGUGAAGCAACUUUUGGCCCCAAAUCCCAUCGGCAGUGGCGCCGCAGUCUGACGGAAUCUGGUGGCCUCCCAUCGCCGAAUCCGACUGCAAAUCAAUUGCCUCUACGAGGGAGAUUCUCAUAGACGAUGGUCUCAAGCGAAUUGGCCCUCCACAGCUGGCAACCACUUCGGUCGCUCCACCUCUGCACUCAUGAUCCUUUCCGACUCCGACUGCAAAUCAAUUGCCUCUGUGGCACUUUCUUGAGCUCCAAAGUUCCCUAUUUUGAGACCAAUUAUCCUAUAGCAGAGGAGAAGAAAAAAAAGAAUAAUGAGAAAGACAAUUGGAACACGCAUGAAAGAUUGAGGAAUUUCAAGAAUUGGAAUUGGAAACAAGUGUUGGGUCUGAUUGUGACGAGAGAGAUGGGAGUGAGAGAAGGAUGUGGGCUCGAACUUAAUACAAAAAUGCCAAUAGACAGCGACGGAGGAGAGCUGAGAAUGCGGUGUGAAGAAGAAACAAAAAGAACCAACUGAACGAAAGAAAAGAAUGAGGAAGAAGAAGAAGAUCGGAGUGGAGGCGUGGAGCGGAGAGAAGAGUGGAGAAAGAAGAAUAAAAGAUUAGCUGGUAGCUGAUUCAAUUAGCUGAUAGCUGUU